AUGGGCGAAGUGUACGAGGUCGGCGAUGCAGAUGGUUGGACUUCCGUCGGCCAUAUCGAUUACAAAGCUUGGGCUGCCGCGAAAAGCUUUCACUCCGGCGACACCAUCGUAUUUAAGUACAACAACGAAUUCCAUAAUGUAAUGAGGGUGACCCACAAGAAUUACAACGCAUGCAACACCACCGGCGCCGUCGCCACCUACACCUCCGGCAACGAUUCCUUCGUGAUAAAGCGGCAGCGCACCCACCUCUACUUCAUCUGCGGCUUUCCCGGCCACUGCGAAGCCGGAAUGAAGAUUGACAUCAGGGUACACAACGGAAGCGACGCCCCAUCCCCACUCCCAGAUAAUCCCUCGCCGCCGCCGUCUCCGGCGAACGUGUCGCCACCUCCUGCUCCGAGUUCGCCGCCGCCGGAGGGUCCCCCGGCCCCCGCGGAACAUAAGGAAUCGGCGGCGGCGGCGUGCUCCGGGAAGGUCUGGAUGGGCAUUGUGGCCGUCGCUGCCUAUUAUUUGGCUUCGCCGCCGGUGGCUCUUUAA